CGGAAUUUUUCUAGAACGCAAUCACCCGUUGAAUCAUACACAUCGUGUCCCAGUGUUGAGUGAAUUUUUCCGUCGAAAUGGCACCCAAAACCAGUGGAAAAGCUGCGAAGAAGUCUGGCAAGGCCCAGAAAAAUAUUUCCAAGUCCGACAAGAAAAAGAAGCGCAAGACCCGCAAGGAAAGCUACGCUAUUUACAUCUACAAAGUGUUGAAGCAAGUCCACCCGGAUACUGGCAUCUCUUCGAAGGCCAUGAGCAUCAUGAACAGUUUCGUCAACGAUAUCUUCGAACGCAUUGCUGCUGAGGCAUCCCGCUUGGCGCACUACAACAAGCGUUCGACGAUCACGUCCCGCGAAAUCCAAACCGCUGUUCGUCUGCUGCUGCCUGGUGAGCUUGCCAAGCACGCCGUCUCCGAAGGAACGAAGGCUGUCACAAAGUACACCAGCUCGAAGUAAGCCACUGAAAUGAUUGGCUUCUUUUCAUGAACCUCUCUUAAAUCGGUCCUUUUCAGGACCACAAACCGCAUUCAAACAAAGAAUUAUCCUUCGUUUCAUCUGCA